GGGGAGCGGGUGGAGCACAGCGCUCUCAUGAGUCCAGUUGGCUUGGGCCUCAAGCCAUGGCGCCCAAGAAGAAGCGCGGACAAAACGCGGGGCGCAAGCAGGAAACUACAGAGCAACCGCUCUCGGAGCGCGCGCAGUACCUACAGCGCGAGUACGCGUUGCUCUCAGAAAGCCUGGUGGCCUGUGAGCAGCGGAUCGACGAGGUGCUGCAGGACAACGAGUUCCUGAACAGAGAGGCGCAGCGCCUGCGCGAAGAGAACCGGCUUUAUGUCGGUUACGUGAGCGCGCACGCUCUGCGCUGCGCCAACGCCGUCGUGCGCGUCGAAGACCAGAACCGCAUGGAUCUGGCGCAGAUCCGGUGGCAGCGAGCGGAGCUAGCGUCCUUCUACCACGGCCGUGAGGACGGGGUGCGCGCUCAGCUGCAGGAAAUGAAGAAGCGCGCGGAAAACAUGACGCAGCGGGUGCAGGAGCUCCAGCCCUACAAGGCCAGUGCGCGCGCCCCCCGAGGACCGGGCGGGCUCCAGAGGGAUGGGCGCGCUCCCUACCGGUGCGCUGAUCGGCGCCCCCUGCUCCCCAACCCUCACCCCACCCCAUGUAGGAGCUGCAGCUGGAGCAGCUGGCGCGAAUCCGGACCCUGGAGCGCGAGCUGCUGCACAUGCGCGUGGAGCACACGCAGCUCCUCCACGGGGUGAAGCGACGCUUCCUAGAUGAGAAGACGGCUUUCGAGCGGGAGGCGCGGCUGCAAGUGCAGUCCCUGACGCGCCGCUCCGAGCGGGAGGCCGCACGUUCCCUCAUUUCCCACGCACAGGCCCUCAAGGCGGACAACGGGUAUCUCCGACAAGAACUCAUGAGACUUCUCCAGAGGACCCAGUUACUGCAGGACAUGCGACAGCAGCUGCUAGAGCAGCGGGAGCAGCUGCGCCGGGAGCAUGUGGACUUGAAGAACCUGGAGCAAAUGCACGGCUGGUUGCAAAGGGGCCCCGGGGGGCCACCGCUCUGGCAGCCACCCCAAAGCCUCCAACCCAGCUUGCGCAUCGGGUCAACCAGUCACGUUUUAAAAGCCCAGGCUACGCCCCAGUCAGUUCCAACCUCCCGGGGCCAAUCCAUGGAUCUGUCACACCGACCCUCCAAGACUCCAUCUAUAUUGUCCAGUGAGUCUCUUCCGGGCCUAUCUCAGAAGGCUGGGUCAGUGAUUGCUCUCCGGAGUCCAUCACAUCCAGGAUCUCGAGUCUCAUCUCUGACUCCAUCACGCAAGGACUCGCGUGUCUCAUCCGCGACCCCGUCACGCAAGGGCUCCAGGGUUCCAUCCAUGACCUCUGGUACCUUGCGGUCGCGCGAGGGCUCUCGGAUCUCUCCACAGCCCUCCUUGCGUGAGGUCUCUCCAGAAAUUGACACACCUGCAAAGUCCAGUUCCAAGCUUCCCACAGCCCUGUUGGAAGAUCAGGCCCCUCUCAGCCCACAGUUGGAGGAGGCAGAAAACGCUGAAGACGACACAGAAACUGUCUUGGAGCAAGCCUGAACCCACACGAGGAGGCAGGCCAGUAGGGCAUAGGGUGGAGGACAAACCUUGGAAGAUUUCUUGGUGCAUAGAUAUGUUAAUAAAAGUGUUAAAUAAGCUCUGUGACGCUCUGACACUUGCCUGGGUCGAUGCCCUUGUAUUUCAAGUGAGCAGAGGCCUGCUAUUCGAGCUACAGCAGAGCUGGUUGUAUCCUUGGCUGCUGGAAUUCGAUGUUCUUCCACCAACAGCCAGCAAGGCAGGCAGGCUUAGGGAAAGUUGGGUAGUGUAAUUUCAGCAGCAGAGGGCAGAUUCUGUUCUCAGCACAGGGAGAAGUUACUGGGCUUUUCCAAUGCUUUAUAUAAUACGCACACACACAUAUGUAUGUAGGUAUGUAUAUGUAUAUAUGUAUAUACAUUCCAAUUUAGGGAACACUGCAAGAAUUAUUAGGAAUUCCCAUUGCCACCCAUCUAGAUGAACAGGGAUGCAUGUUAUAUAUUUGGUACUUUCAGCCAUCCGGGAUUCUGUUGGAGACAGUUAUGCCCCUUAAUUUUAAAUAUAUCCCUGUGUUUACUGAAUAGGACUUUGACCUGUUUUCUUCCGGUGCUGGGUGUUGAACCCAGGGCUACCUCCUGAGCUACAGCCCAAGCCCUGUCCCAACUUUCUUCAAGACAUGAUUAAAAUUAGGAAAUGCACCUUGGAGAAAAUACUGUAAACUAAAUCAUACUGGCCAAAUUGUCCCUGUGGUGUCUGUAGCUAGCUAUGGAUCUUACCUGGGUCACAUCUUACAUUCCAUUGUGCUGGUCUGUCCUUUCCUUUAUAGAAAGGGUCUGUAUAGGUCAGGCUGGCCUUGAAUCCAAGAGAUCCUCCUGCCUCUGUCUCUUCAGUGCUGAGAUUAAAGGCAUCCACCACCACCUCA